CAUAGCCAUUGUUUCCGGAGGGAUGAUGCUUUCAAACAGUAGACUAUUGGGUUGUGCAUAAAAGCGCCCUCCCGUUCGUCCCUUUUGCAGCCAUUUUCUAAAAAAGUCUGCAUUUAAACCUGUACUGAUGUGAAUUGCCGUAUUCUGUAGGCUAUUCUGACAAUUUGCGAUGGUGAAACGGAAAAGCCAGGACGAUACGCAGCCGGAUUAUGGCCGAGGCAUCCCCUUCCCAAUACAGACAUUUCUGUGGCGACAGACCAGUGCCUUUCUGCGACCAAAGUUGGGAAAGCAAUAUGAAGCGUCCUGUGUGUCAUUUGAGCGUGUGUUGGUGGAGAAUAAGCUCCAUGGACUCUCGCCUGCACUCACCGAGGCCAUCCAGAGCAUCCCCCGCUAUGAGCUACUGCAGGCAGCAUUGCCUCACGUUCUUCACUGCACGGCCAUAUUGUUGUCUAACAGAAACAAACUAGGGCACCAGGAUAAGUUAGGUGUGGCGGAGACCAAGCUCCUACACACAUUACACUGGAUGCUCCUGGAGGCCCCUCAGGAGUGCCCCUCGGGGUUUGGACAGGGCUUCGGCAGCGGUCACGGUCUCCUGGGUAACCAGAGUGCCUCACCCCCCAGUGCUUCUACAGAGGAGGAUGAGAAUGUCCGUUUCAAACUCUACCAGCGUAGCAUGGCAACUGUUGAGUUGUUCAUCUUUCUAUUUGCUCCUCUCAUCAACCGAAUUAAGGAAUCAGAUCUAACCUUUCGAUUGGCUAGUGGCUUGGCUAUUUGGCAGCCGAUGUGGGAGCACCGUCAGCCUGAUGUGCCAGUUUUCUCUGCCUUCAUCAAACCCGUACGCAACAUUGUAACAGCCAAGAGAACCUCUACAGGGAUCAAGCCCUGCCCCUCCCAAAGUGAUAGUAACCCUGGGCCAAUGGGUGUCCAAGUGGUCUGUGAGACGAGCCAAUCUAAUACCUCUCCCUCUCCUGGAGGACAGAGUUGUCGUCGUGGUAAUUCCGUGGAGAGUAGUGGCAUCUCACAACAGACUUCACAGAAGAGGUUUUCAGCCCCUGAUGGUGUGGCAGUGUCCUCCUUCUCUCAGAAGGCCAGGUAUGCCACCUUCUUUGACGUGGCAGUCCUGCGUUGCCUCCUGCAGCCCCAGUGGGUAGAGGAGGGCGUUUAUUGGGCACUCAUGUUCUACCUGCACCGGCUGAGGCAGAUCCUGGAGGAGAAACCACACAGGCAACCAGAGCCACCAAACACAGCUCUGCCACGGCCACGCAGCUCCUCUAUGGUGGCGGUGGCCCCCUCAUUGGUCAAUACACACAAGACACAGGACAUGAUGCUGAAGUGUAAUGAAGAGGAGAAGUCUCUGAGCUCCGAGACCUUUGGGAAAGUGUCCUUCACCAACCUGCGGAGGCAAGCUGUCCCUGAUCUGGCCUCGGACCUGGGCAAUAGCAUCCUCAAGAAGAUAAGGAACCGCAAGGAGGACCGUGAACGCAAAGGUUCGAUCCCAUUUCAUGUUGGAGGAGCCAAGAAGCGUCAGAGGCGCAUGGGGGUUCCUUUCCUGCUACAUGAAGACCACCUAGAAGUUUCUCCAACCAGAAGCACCUUCUCCUUCUCCAGUUUAAGUGGCCUCACAGAUGACCGGCGACCUCUUGACCGUGGUGGUUGGCAGGCUACAAUUAUGGGAAAGUUCACCCGGCGUGGCAGCACGGAGAUGGCAGCGGACACUGACAGCCUGAGUGUGAAGCAAACCCAUUCACAUCACAAUCUGCCCGAGCACUCCAACAGCCAUGUAGAACACACUAUCAAAGAGGGUGUGCAAUCUCAGAUCUCCACCAUCACCAUGGCAACGUUCAACACCACAGUGGCAUCAUUUAAUGUGGGUUAUGCUGACUUUUUCACCGAGCACAUGAAGAAACUCUGCAGCCCCGUGCCCAUCCCUGAGAUCCCCAACGAACCCCUGGCGUGUGCCAACCUGCCCCGCUCCCUAACGGACUCCUGCAUCAACUACUCUUCCCUGGAGGAGGGGGACAACGUCGAGGGAACCAACAACUUCGUCCUGAAGAAUGGCAUGCUGGAUCUCACUGCGGUGUUGCGUGCUUUGUAUGCAGUGCUCAAUCAUGACAUCAGCUCUCGUGUGUGUGAUGCUGCCCUCAGUAUCAUUGAGUGUUUGUUACAACUGGGCGUCCCUGGCAAAGGCAAGAGCCAGUCUGGCUCUGACAACAAGGAGAAUGCAGAAACCCGGUCGUCCAGAGACGGAGCCAGUGGCAGGACCCCCGCGGGGGUGGGGGGAGACCUUGGAGUGGGAUCUGAUGGAGGAGGGGGAGACGGAGAUGGGGGUGGAGGAGAUGAUAAAGAUAAAAACACAAAAAAUAACAAACAUAAGGAGACCUCAUCGUUGAGCCCCCAUAGGUUGGCCCUCACUAUGCUGAUCAAGAUAGUGAAAUCCCUUGGCUGUGCGUACGGCUGUGGGGAGGGUCACCGGGGCCUGUCUGGAGAUCGGCUACGCAUGCAGGCCCAAAGUUGCCUCACCACCUUGUACAAGAUGGACAAGGUACAGUUCCGGCAGACAAUGAGGGAGUAUGUCAACAAGGACUCGCUCAACAAUGUUGUGGACUUCCUUCAUGCACUUCUCGGCUUCUGCAUGGAACCCAUCACUGACAACAAGGCAGGGUUUGGGAAUAACUUCACCACAGGAGGAGACAAGUCUGUGGCUCAGAGUAUGGAGUCCGUGGUGGUGGGCUGUAUGUUUAAAUCCCUCAUCACACGAUGUGCCUCCACCACACAUGAGCUCCACAGCCCAGAGAAUCUGGGUCUAUACUGUGACAUCAGGCAACUGGUGCAGUUCAUUAAAGAGUCCCAUGGGAAUGUGUUUCGGCGUGUAGCCCUAAGUGCACUGUUGGACAGCACAGAGAAAGUCACCAGUCAACGCAAGCCUGAGGAGAAAGAGGAUGUCGGCAAACCACCAGCACGCAGGUCAGACUUGGGAACUUUAGGGGACAAGGGCCAAGCUGCCUCUGCCGCUGAUGAGUGUCGCAGCUGCAUCUCCAGUCGACCCCCUCAAACACCAGAACAUGAGGAGCAGAUUCCAGGUGCUCUACUGGGGAAGAAGGAUUUCUGGAGGAAAAUGUUUAAGUCUCAGAGUGCAGCGAGUGACACCAGCAGCCAAUCAGAGCAGGACACUUCGGACUGCACUACUGCUCACAGUGGUACCACCAGUGAGCGGCGCUCACGUUCAAGAUCACGACGCAUCUCUCUGCGCAAGAAACUCAAGCUACCCAUUGGUAACUGGCUGAAACGCUCUUCCCUGUCUGGUCUAACGGAUGGUGUAGAGGACCUAUUAGACAUCAGCUCAGUCGAUCGUCUCUCUUUCAAUCGUCAGGGUUCAAAGGUGAAGUUCACAAGUGCAGUUAAACUGUCUGAGGCCGGUGGAUUGGAAUUUGGCCAUGACGAAGAGGAGACCUUCUUCAAGCGACUCGGUAAAUGGAGAUCAGGCCGGCGGAACCCCUCCAAGGUCCACCAUACGGAAGACAAGGAUGGAUGCCAUAGUUUCCAGGAGCGGCUGGUAGCCAGUCAGGAGGCUCUGAAGAACCGGAAUGUAGUUAACCUUGGUGCAAUUCGACAAGGAAUGAAAAGAUUCCAGUUUCUCCUCAACUGCUGUGAGCCCGGUACCAUUCCAGAUGCUUCCAUACUGGCUGCUGCUCUUGAUCUGGAAGCUCCAGUUGUUGCCAGAGCUUCACUCUUUGUGGAGUGUGCACGGUUUGUGCAUCGCUGUAACCGUGGUAACUGGCCUGAGUGGAUGAAGGGCCACCAUGUGAAUAUAACCAAGCGAGGUUUGUCACGUGGACGAUCACCAGUUGUUGGAAACAAAAGGAAUCAAAAGCUUCAGUGGAACGCUGCCAAACACUUCUGCCAGUGGGGCGAUGCUAUCGGGACACGUUUAAGUGAAUUGUGUCACUCAGACAGUGAGAGUCCAGCAAAUAUCCUGGGAUUCAUCUUUGAUGAGGAGACCAAGCGGAAGAUGAGGAAGGAGGACGAGGAUGAAGAUUUCUUAGAUGACAACACGGUGAAUCCUACCAAAUGUGGUUGCCCGUUUGCUCUGAAGAUGGCAGCGUGCCAGCUGCUGCUGGAGAUCACCACCUUCCUUCGAGAGACGUUCCCUUGCCUCCCCCGCCCGCGGGCGGAACCCCUGGUUGACCUUGACAGUUAUCGUCUGCGUUUGGACCCUGAGUUAGGGCGUCAUCGAUACGAGCGCAAGAUUAGUUUUGCUGGUAUCCUGGAUGACGAGGAUGGCCAUGAUUCCCUGAACAGCAGCAGCCACACACUCAAAUCUGACACUGCUUAUGAGGACAAGAAGAAUCAGGAGCCCAUGGCUUCUAUCAGAAAGAUUCGAAUUGGAGGAUCCCGUUUGCUGCAGAUUAAAGGAGCACGGAGUUUUAGAAUAAAAAAGGGGGGAUCUCUCUCUUCCAUCAAACGUGCAGGGAGUCUUAAGAGCACUAAGAUGUCCCGACAGGAUUCGGAGUCUGAAAAUGAGGAAGGACUUCUGUCUCAGAGCAGAGACACCGUCACUGACAUAGGAAGUCCAUGCAGCACAAGUGAGCCAAGCAUUGAACCAGAAGGACAGAGUACAGGAGGAGGGGAAGAGAACUAUCAUCGCAACAUGUCUUGGCUACACGUGAUGAUUCUGCUGUGUAAUCAGCAGAGUUUCAUCUGCACACACCAGGACUUCUGUCAUCCUCGCUGCUACCAGCAUCACAGUCGCUCAUGCGCCCGCCUGGUCAGAGCCAUCAAGCUGCUGUACGGGGAGACGGUGGACGGCAUGAGAGACGCCUCUGCAGUCAACAUUGGGAUACGGACAAAGAAGAACAAAGAGUGCUCUGAUAAGUCGUGUCUCAGGACCCCCUCCAUGAAGAGACGACCCACUGACAGUAAUACAGAAGGGAAGAAGGACAUAGGGAUGCUCAAGUACAUCCGGAAUCAGGUGAUGAGUCUGUCCCCCGCACCGCUUUCAUUGCUGAUAAAAGCAGCGCCUAUUCUCACAGAGGACAUGUAUGGAGACAUCCAGCCGGCUGCGUGGGAACUGCUUCUAAGUGUGGAUGAACACAUGGCUGCUGCCGCUGCUGCAAUGUUCCUGCUGUGUGCAGUGAAAGUCCCCGAUGCCGUGUCAGAGAUGAUGCUGGCUGAGUUCCAGCACCAAGAGGCAGGCCAGCGGAUCAGUUCUGUGUUGAAGUUCUACACCCUCUGGCGCUUCCGAUACCAGGUGUGGCCUCGUAUGGAGGAGGGUGCACAGCAAAUCUUUAAGAUUCCACCUCCUAGUAUCAACUUCACUUUACCGUCUCCCAUCUUGGGAAUGCCGUGUGUGCCCAUGUUUGAUCCUCCUUGGGUGCCCCAGAACACGGGCAGUGUGCAGGAUCCCAUCAAUGAAGAUCAGUCAAAAUCCUUCUCGGCACGUGCAGUUUCGCGUUCUCACCAACGGGCCGAACACAUCCUGAAGAAUCUGCAGCAGGAGGAGGAGAGGAGGAGGCUGGGCCGGGAGGCGUCCAUCAUCACAGCCAUCCCCAUCUCCCAUGAAGCCUGCUAUGAGCCCACCUGCAGCCCCCCGCCGGAGCAGGAGGAGGAGGAGGAGGGUGUGAAUCUGACCUCGCGGCGUCUUUCAGUGAGUCCUUCAUGUGCAUCCUCCAACUCUCACAGGAACUACUCCUUUCGCAGGGGGUCUCUGUGGAGUGUGCGCUCUGCUGUCAGCGCUGAAGAUGAGGACAACACCACGGAACACACUCCUACACAUCAUGUUGUACAGCCACCUCAAGCUGUCUUCCCAGCAUGCAUCUGUGCUGCUGUUCUGCCCAUUGUACACCUAAUGGAGGAUGGGGAAGUUCGUGAGGAUGGAGUUGCAGUGAGUGCUGUGGCACAGCAGGUGUUGUGGAACUGUCUCGUUGAAGAUCCCGCUUUGGUGCUUCGACACUUCCUGGAGAAGCUCACCGUUAGCAACAGACAGGAUGAGCUGAUCUAUAUGCUUAGAAAGCUACUGCUCAACAUUGGAGAUAUGCCUGCCCAGACGUCCCACAUUCUCUUCAACUACCUGGUGGGCUUGAUCAUGUAUUUUGUGCGAACGCCAUGUGAGUGGGGAAUGGAUGCCAUAUCGGCUACACUCACGUUCCUGUGGGAGGUGGUUGGCUAUGUGGAGGGGCUGUUCUUCAAGGAUCUCAAGCAGACCAUGAAGAAGGAGCAGUGUGAGGUCAAGCUGCUGGUCACGGCCUCCAUGCCAGGAACCAAGACUUUGGUGGUCCAUGGACAGAAUGAGUGUGACAUCCCCACACAGCUGCCUGUGCACGAGGACACCCAGUUUGAAGCACUUCUUAAGGAGUGUCUGGAGUUCUUCAAUAUUCCAGAAGCACGCUCUGCUCAGUACUUCCUCAUGGACAAGCGCUGGAACCUCAUUCAUUAUGCAAAGACUUAUGUGAGAGACAUUUACCCCUUCAGAAGAUCCGUGUCUCCUCAGCUCAACCUUGUACACAUGCUGCCAGAGAAAGGACAAGAGCUCAUUCAGAAGCAGGUGUUCACCCGUAAGCUGGAGGAGGUCGGACGUGUUCUCUUCCUCAUCUCCUUGACACAGCACAUGCCACCGUCACACAAGCAGUCGCAUGUGUCUCUUCUGCAAGAAGACCUGCUGCGGCUGCCCUCAUUUCCCAGAACUGCUAUCAAUGCUGAGUUCUCCCUUUUCAACGAGUCACAGGGCAAAGAGCUGUUUGGUUUGGACACCCUUCACAAGAUGCUGUGGAUUAAGCUCUUGGAGGAAAUGUUUCUGGGCAUGCCCAGUGAGCACCCUUGGGGAGAUGAGAUGAUGCUGUUCUUAAAUGUGUUGAAUGGGGCACUGCUACUGCACCCAGAGGACAGCGCCCUCCUCAGGCAGUACACCGCCACUGCCAUCAACACAGCUGUGCACUUCAACCAUCUCUUUUCUCUCAGUGGAUACCAGUGGAUUUUGCCAACAAUUUUGCAGGUGUACUCCGACUACGAAAGUAACCCGUUGUUCAGGAAGGGAAUUGAGUUCUGCUGCCGACAGUUCUACAUCCUCCACCGCAAACCUUUCGUCCUGCAGCUGUUUGCCAGUGUUGCACCACUGCUGGAGUUCACAACCAGCACCAGCACUGGGUUGUCCAAAGGAGUCUCUGCCCAGUGUCUCUUUGACCUGCUGGUGUCUUUGGAGGGGGAGACUUAUGAUGCACUGGAUGCCCUCCAGCUUGUGAAGGCAGAGAAGCCACUACGUUCACUGGACUUCUGCUAUGGUAAUGAGGACCUAGCCUUCUCCAUCAGCGAGUCCAUCAAACUAUGUGUGACAGUUGUUGCAUAUGCUCCCGAGUCCUUCAGAAGUUUACAGAUGCUGAUGGUUCUAGAGGCAUUGGUACCGUGCUAUCUGCAGAAACUGAAGAAGAACACAGUGGCAAUGGAAUCGGCAUGUGCAGCGAGGGACGAGAUAGCUGCUCUUGCAGCACUGGCUACAUCACUACAGGCCUUACUCUACAGUGUGGAGUCUUUGACACGACCAAUGACAGCCCCUCAGCUGAGUCGCUGUGAUCAAGGUCAUAAAGGAGCCACCGCUGCCAACCACACCAUGUCUGGAGGAGCCAACAUACGUGAUGACCUACAUCUGCUGGAGGAGGGUCAAGGUCUUCCCCGUGAGGACCUUGAUGAGAGGAUCGCACGUGAGGAGUUCAGGCGACCACGAGAGUCCUUGCUCAAUAUCUGUACGGAGUUCUACAAGCACAGCGGCCCCAGGCUCAAGAUUCUACAGAACGUUGCAGGAGAGCCACGUGUUACUGCUCUUGAGCUUCUGGAUAUCAAAUCACACAUGAGGUUGGCAGAGAUUGCCCACUCCCUGUUGAAGCUGGCUCCAUAUGACACCCUGACAAUGGAGAGCCGUGGGCUGCGCCGCUACAUAAUGGAGAUGUUGCCCAUCACUGAUUGGUCAACAGAAGCCGUUCGUCCUGCACUCAUCCUGAUUCUAAAGCGCCUGGAUCGGAUGUUCAACAAGAUCCACAAGAUGCCCACGCUCAGACGGCAGGUGGAAUGGGAGGCAGCCAGCAGUCUGAUUGAAGGGAUCUGUUUGACGUUGCAGCGACAGCCAAUCAUCUCCUUCUUGCCUCAUCUGCGCUCCCUCAUCAAUGUCUGCGUCAACCUGGUGAUGGGUGUUGUCGGUCCCUCCAGUGUGGCGGAUGGCUUACCUCUCCUCCACCUGAGUCCCUACCUGUCCCCACCACUCCCGUUCAGCACUGCAGUGGUGCGACUGGUCGCUCUGCAGAUACAGGCUCUGAAGGAUGACUUCCCACUUAGCCAUGUGAUCUCCCCCUUCACCAAUCAGGAACGCCGGGAGAGUAUGCUGCUCAACCUCCUCAUCCCGUUUGUGCUCACAGUGGGGUCCGGAAGCAAAGAUAGUCCUCAUCUGGAGCAACCAGAGGUGUUGCUUUUGCUUCAAACAGUGUUGAACAUCCUCCUCCCCCCACGCAUCAUCAGCACGUCUCGUAGCAAGAGCUUCAUGUUGGACUCCUCCCCUGCCCACUGUUCCACCCCGGGGGACACUGGAAAGGACCUGCGCAGAGAAGGGUUGACCGAGUCGACUAGUCAGGCCGCCUAUUUGGCUCUUAAGGUGGUGUUGGUGUGUUUCGAGAGGCAGUUGGGCAGCCAGUGGUACCAGCUUAGUCUACAGGUGAAAGAAAUGGCUUUGAGAAAGGUGGGCGGAAUGGCAUUCUGGGAUUUCAUCGACUUCAUUGUGCGCACACGCAUCCCUAUCUUUGUGCUGUUGCGGCCCUUCAUUCAGUGCAAGCUCUUGACACAGCCUGCGGAGUCUCAGGAGGAGAUCACAGCACGGCACCACAUUGCGGAUCAGCUGGAGAGACGCUUCAUUCCACGGCCACUCUGCAAGGGCUCUCUGUUUGCUGAGUUUAGUAACGAGCUCAAGAUCCUUAAGGAGGCAGUGCACAGUGGCUCAGCAUAUCAGGGGAAGACAUCUAUUAGUACAGUGGGGACGUCCACAUCAGCGUAUCGUUUGAGUCUGGCCACCAUGUCCCGGUCCAACACCGGCACCGGCACGGUCUGGGAGCAGGACAGUCAGCCAUCACGCCAGCCGUCCCAAGACACACUGAGCCGUACGGACGAAGAAGAGGAAGAGAAUGAUUCCAUGAGUAUACCCAGUGUUGUGAGUGAGCACGAGACAUUCAUUCCCAGUGCUAUCACUCAUCGCCGCUUCUCCAGCCAUGCUACUGGAAGCGCGCUGCCUGAACACAUCAGUGGUACAAUGCUCCCGAGCCACAGUGAACCCAAUGUGCUAGAUGAGAGCCAGGGACUUCUGGACGAGGGUAACCUUUCUAGGGUGGCCAGUGUCCAGAGUGAGCCUGGUCAGCAGAAUAUGCUGAUCCAACCGCCCCUAGGCAGAAAACGUGGCCUGCGACAGUUGAGGCGCCCCCUAUUAUCCAUACCGAAGGUCGCGACAGAGCCCCGCAGUCGCAUUGGAGCCAGACUUUCCACCACACGCAGGAGCAUCCAACCCAAGAACAGACCACUGGCUCAGGGGGAACAGAAGCGCUCCGUCACCUUCACUGAGACACAACUGGACACCUCUUGUAAGAGUCCCCCGGAGAUAAGAGAGCCUGAUCCUCCUGCAUCCCCUCCCUGUGUGGCCGUCACAGCAGACCUGGAGAGUCCUGGUGGCCCACAGGUGCUUACUACCACCACAGCAGCAGAGAACAAGGACACGAAAGAAGCAGCCACACUGAGCAGCCGUCUCUCUCCACCUAUUUUUUCUCUCUCUCCACCCCGUGUCAUUUCUCGUCCCUCUACCCCUGUGCGGCGUGGCUCGUGCUCUCCUCUGGCGCCCGCGCUGGUUUCUGUUCCGUCCCAGAUCGGUGAGUCUCCAGAAGAUGAAGAAACAUCCAUGCUACUGCAACGUCCAGACCCAGUCCUAGCCCGCAGGAAGGAGCACGGCACAGACAACCCCCUCCUCAAACCCUUUCUGCCCCAAGCACAGAUCCCCUGUGCCUCUCCGUUCACACUGUCACCUGUAGACCUGGAUCUAGAUGAGUCACAUGUCUGAGAUGCCCUGUGCCUCUCCUUUCACACUGUCACCUGUAGACCUGGAUCUAGAUGAGUCACAUGUCUGAGAUCCCCUGUGCCUCUCCGUUCACACUGUCACCUGUAGACCUGGAUCUAGAUGAGUCACAUGUCUGAGAUCCCCUGUGCCUCUCCGUUCACACUGUCACCUGUAGACCUGGAUCUAGAUGAGUCACAUGUCUGAGAUGGACUUUAGGGUGCAGAUGAGUUGGCCCAUCAAGCCAAGCCAACAAUGUUGUGUAGCAUAUUGAGUAACAAUAAGUCACAACACAUUAUGUCUUUCUUUUUGCAUAAUAGAACAUGUAACACAGUGCAAUAGUAACCAGACCAACAUGGCGCCUAGAGAGUGCUUUGCUUGCUCACAUAUGGAUAGUAUGAACUAAUUUUGUUAUCGAAGUUGAAAUGAAACAGAAUAACACGAGAGAGUGUGUUAUAUAAAAGACAAUGUACAGCCAACCCGACAUAGUUUUGAAUGACAAAACAAACAGUUUCUCUCUUCAGGAAUGAUUCCCUCUGAUAGGCACAUAACAUGUUUAAACUGCACACUCAAGACCUUUAAACCAAAUGUUAACUCAUCUCAACUUUGUGUGUAUAUGAUUGUCCAAUGAGUCUUACAUUAUAGUAAGGUUGGCUAGUUGGACAAUGUUUAAAUGUUUAUUUGCAUACCCUAUAUUGGACUUUCAUUGGCAAGCUAGUUUAAAUAUAUAUAUAUAUAUUAUAUGUGCUGUCCACUAUAAUGGACAGUCCUACAGUAUAAAACCCGUCUAUUGCAUUUUCCAAGGAUACCUGAAUAUUUCAAAAUGUUAUAUCAUUAUUAUGUUCAUAAAGAAUUGUUUCCUUGUGGCAGGUAAAACCUAAUGUGCAUCAUGACCUACAAAAAAUUCUUUGAAGUAGCCUGAGAAAGUUUUUCCAAUAACUAAAAUAAACUGAAUCAAAUCAUAUGAGGAUCCAAGUACAGACCAGAGCAGACUCCACUGGUGGAUUAGUGGCGUUGCUAUCUGGGGUGGCAUAGGCAACUAAAGAGAGCAGACUCCACUGGUGCAUUAGUGGCUUUGCUAUCUGGGGUGGCAUAGGCAACUAAAGAGAGCAGACUCCACUGGUGCAUUAGUGGCGUUGCUAUCUGGGGUGGCAUAGGCAACUAAAGAGUUGGGAAAAUGUCACCCACCCUGGCAAAUUCCGGCACACGUUUUAGAGAUAGAAGCUAUUAAAGCCUGAACCUUCAUGAAAAUGCCCUCCAAAGGCAAUUCCUGCAUAAAUGUGUUUAAAUAAAUGUAUAAUUUAUGAAUAUACCCAAUUAAAAUACAAAAUAUUAUCCUGAACUAAAAAUAGUUAGUUUUUAAAAAUAGCAUAGAUGAUAUAAAACUAAUAUUGCCAUUGACUGUCUUUUAUUUUACAGUUGAAGACACAUGUAGUUUUUUCUUCUGAACGCAGUGAUUGCUUGAUUAAAUUGAUUGCAUGGGAUUGCAUCAUCCUUAGAUUGGCCUUGUGUAGUCACUUUCCAGUUGACCAUCAUGCUGUUAACAUCAUUACGCCGCACUUUUCGAAUAACCAACGAAAAUGGGGUAAAAAUAGUCACUCACAGAAGUCCAGAGGUCACAGAUUGUGGUUCUUCGUCAGAAAGUAUAUUUUGAACAAGCGAUAAGAGAAGUUAAAGUGUAGUGAGACUGUCAUUCACAAUGCCGUCCUCAAAUUUGCGAAUUCAGAGAUUUAUUUACAACAGAAAUCAGUCUGGGUGUCCGUGAGUGACGCUUUUUGACCCAUUUUGGUGUUUUUAGAAAAGGCAAAACAGCGAAGUGCAACAUUAAUGAUUACAACAUUAAUCAGCUUCAGCAUUCCUCAAAAUAUGCAUGAGGUUUUCCUCCAGUUCCAUCAAGACUUUGCAAUACUGUCAUUUCAUCAGGGAUCUUUUGUCUUCAUAUGACUUACUUGUGUUUCUAUGUGCUUUACAGUGAUAAUAAUGUGUUAAGUAUUUAUGUAGGCAAAGUCCCUCAACAAGGCAUGUGCAAAUAUCUCUGACUGUGUCCUGAUGUCUGACAUGGGAGUGUCCCUGCCUGAUGCAUUGAAUGGAACCAAUGGAAUUAAAGAAACGAUGCAAUGUGAUUGGUUUAGCCUGGCUGGAGCCACAUAAGAAUACUCACAUGCAGAUGCAUUAAAUUAAGCCCAGUCCUAACGACAAUGUGCAGGUAAUUACUGCAUCAGUCCUUUGUCAUCAUCUAGUUUCAGACGCCACGCCUGUUUCAACCAAUGAAAAUGGCCAACCUAAUGAGGAGUUAUACAUAUUUAUGAUCUGUGUAACUAUGAGGGAAAAGAUGUCCAUUAGUUUCUAAAUCAACUCAAAUUGAUGUUUAUGUUACAUUAACUUAGUUUAGGUAAAUAUUCCCCAGCAAAUCUUCAUUUAAGCACUCAAGCUUUUGAGCUAGCUGACAGGCACACCAUUGACGUUAACUGAUGGGCUUCCUACUAAAUACAAAUUGUUAAGUGGUAUUAUGAGAGAGGACAGGCCACAGCUAGCUGAUAAGCUUGCUAACUUUAGUAGAUACCUCAGCUAUGCAGUACAUAUGCAUUUUUGACAAGCCAAAAUGUUUUUGUUUUAAACUAAAAUUACUAUAUAAGGAUCCUUUGAUGUGAUUAUAAACGUGAUGGUAGCUUUUAUGAAUUGACCCCAGUAUAUGAAUAUGAUUUGGCUACUACUUGUUAGCCUGGCUUUGCCUAUCCCACCUUCACUGUAAUCAGGAAUUGUUCCUCUGGAUGGAAAUUGAGCUAGCAGAGUAACAAAUGAGUCUAUUCAAAUUCUUUCAAAUGUGCACCCUUUAAAUCACCCCUUUAACCACUGCGCAGUCAUCUGUAGUUUUCAGAAAGGCGGAAACACAGGUUCCUCUGCACACUGCUCAUUGUAAUUUGAUCAAACUACCAGUGACAUAGUCUGGCCUCAGCUAAGCAAACUAUUUGUACCUAUUUUUGUGUGUGUAUAAAGUGUAUUUUGUGUACGUGUCCAUAUUAAUGAGUGAGUUCCAUUAAUGAAACCAUCUCAUUAUUUAUGUAAUCUCCAUUUACAUCAUGUAUGUAACACAUUCAAUAAAAUGUAUACGUGUUUGAAAUUCCA